CACAACUUCGCCGGCCGCACUGACUCUCUGGGCUCGCCACAUCUUGCAAACCUAAUUCAGAAAGCAAGCGCCUCGGCUCUCUGCCUGCCUCCUUUGCUCAGCAUAAGCUUUUCAGGUGAUCCAGAAAACGGCUGUUUUUAUGCGCAAAUAAGAAAAACAGGAAUCAUGAUGGGAAUGUAUUUAACAGAUCCAGUCCUGGAUAAAACUUAAAGCCAGUUUCUCUUCAACAUAGUGAAAAGGUCACCUUGCCUGGCUGGGAAAAGCAGGAAAAUACCAGCUUGUCGGUUUCUGUUAACAUCUUAGCUCCAGCUAGCCUCUUUGCCUUGAUGUUCUAGCAAAUUUGCGAUAUCUAGCUCUAAAGAAAGACAUCCUGUACUCAUGGUAGAUGAUAAAGAAAAGAACAUGAAAUGUCUCACCUUCUUCUUGAUGCUUCCAGAGACAGUAAAGAACAGGUCCAAAAAAGGUUCAAAGAAAGCAAACAGCAGCGGUGGCGGUGGCAGCGGCGGUGGCAGUGGGAACAGCAAGUUGCCCCCAGUUUGUUAUGAAAUAAUUACCUUGAAGACUAAAAAGAAGAAGAAGAUGGCUGCUGAUAUAUUCCCCCGUAAGAAGCCAGCCAACUCCAGCAGCACCACUGUCCAGCAGCAGCACCAGCACAAUCUCUGUAACAACAACCUCAUUCCGGCCCCCAACUGGCAGGGUCUUUAUCCUACCAUCCGAGAAAGAAAUGCGGUGAUGUUCAAUAAUGACUUGAUGGCAGAUGUACAUUUUGUGGUUGGGCCACCAGGUGGGACUCAGCGGUUGCCAGGACACAAAUACGUGUUAGCUGUUGGGAGCUCAGUGUUCCAUGCAAUGUUUUAUGGAGAACUUGCUGAGGACAAAGAUGAAAUCCGAAUACCAGACGUCGAACCUGCUGCUUUCCUCGCCAUGCUGAAAUACAUCUAUUGUGAUGAAAUUGACUUGGCUGCAGACACAGUGCUGGCCACACUGUAUGCUGCCAAAAAGUACAUAGUUCCUCACCUUGCCAGAGCCUGUGUUAAUUUCCUGGAGACCAGCCUAAGCGCCAAGAACGCCUGCGUACUCCUCUCUCAGAGCUGUCUGUUUGAGGAGCCGGACCUGACACAGCGUUGCUGGGAGGUGAUUGAUGCCCAAGCCGAGUUAGCACUCAAGUCUGAGGGAUUCUGUGACAUCGACUUCCAGACACUCGAAAGUAUCCUCCGCAGGGAAACGCUGAAUGCCAAAGAAAUAGUGGUUUUUGAGGCAGCCCUGAACUGGGCUGAAGUAGAAUGCCAGCGACAAGAUCUGGCCUUGAGCAUUGAAAAUAAACGCAAGGUCCUAGGAAAGGCCCUGUACUUGAUCCGCAUCCCCACCAUGGCCCUGGAUGACUUUGCCAAUGGUGCUGCACAGUCCGGGGUAUUAACUCUCAAUGAGACCAAUGACAUCUUCCUCUGGUACACUGCAUCCAAAAAACCGGAGCUGCAGUUUGUGAGUAAAGCCAGAAAGGGCCUGGUCCCCCAGCGUUGUCACCGAUUCCAGUCAUGUGCCUAUCGGAGCAACCAGUGGCGCUAUCGGGGUCGCUGUGACAGCAUCCAGUUUGCAGUUGAUAAGAGGGUGUUCAUCGCAGGCUUUGGGCUGUAUGGCUCCAGCUGUGGCUCUGCAGAGUACAGCGCUAAGAUUGAACUCAAACGGCAGGGCGUUGUCCUGGGCCAGAACUUGAGCAAGUACUUCUCAGAUGGAUCCAGCAAUACCUUCCCUGUGUGGUUUGAAUAUCCAGUACAGAUUGAGCCAGACACCUUCUACACAGCCAGUGUGGUGCUGGAUGGCAAUGAACUCAGCUACUUUGGACAAGAAGGCAUGACGGAAGUUCAGUGUGGCAAGGUGACUGUCCAGUUCCAGUGCUCCUCAGACAGCACCAAUGGCACUGGUGUACAGGGAGGGCAGAUCCCCGAACUCAUAUUCUAUGCCUGAACUUUUCUUCUCUUAUGCAGCAUGAGGUGCCCACACGGGCCCUCCUUGCCUGACGCUUAGCUCAUCUGCAGAUAUGUGGUCAGCACAGGUAAUUUGUAAUGAAUGAAGCAGUAGGCAGUUUCUAAUGUCUUUGAACCUUUUAAUUAUGUACAGGCUAAAAUGCAACAUUCCGCUUUUAACUAUAUGCUUAGAAGAGCCAAGUUCUUACUCAGGCUUUGUGGUUUUCAAGUUGCGUCUGUACGCCUAGGGAGAUCAUGUGCUUUUCCAAGUGCCCACCACCCUCCUACUUCUGUACCUCUGAAGAUGAUUUUGGAUCAAUUUGAAUUUCCUUUGAUGGAUGGAAAUAUGUAUCCGAAAGUAGUAUCAUUAUUUUUAAACAGAACCCCUUUCUCUUAAUAAAUAAAUAAAAACAAAAAACAGGUAAACCUCAGUGUACAAAUUUGAAAGAAUAUUUGCUUUGUAACAAGUAAACUUAGAAAGUAAA